AUGACAAAAAAAGGGCUUUGGGAGUCGUUCGCAAGUAAUGUAAAGAAACGUUCAAAAACCUUUCGCGUGAGAAUAAAUUUAGAAUGUUGCGUGACAAAGUUGUCAAAUAAAAUCUUUCAGUUUCAUGGUAAAAAAGAAAAGGACCGAAAAUCGAUAAUACGUGAAUAUAACCCGUGUAAGGUGACUGAGGUUACAAAUGUUGGAAUUGAAUAUUUUUCGUUGCCGACAAAACUUUUUUAUUACAUAACUCAGCAGAAGAGGCAGAAAAUUCUCCCUCACUUUGAUAUUGUGUGUGGAGCUGCUAAAGCAUGUAAAGAAAAAUCCCCCAACACAUCUGCCGCCGACGCAUAA